AUGCCUCGCGAUCCGCUGAUUGGCCUCGUGGGCAAACCGUCCUCAGGCAAAUCCACUACCCUGAACUCUCUCACAGACACGACAGCUAAAGUAGGUACGCCGGCCAUCCUCUGAGCUCUCCCAACCCCCCUUCUUACCCCCUUCGCAGGCAACUUUCCCUUCACAACCAUCGAUCCCAACCGGGCGGUCGGAUAUCUGCAAAUCUCAUGCGCCUGCUCACGGACUUCAUUACCUGGAAACACUCCUCCCUCGCCGGAUGCGCCCCCACCGCUGCAGAAGCGAUGCAAACCCAACUACGGAGGCUGUCAGCAGGGUGUGAGAAGCGUGCCCAUCGAGCUGCUGGACGUCGCAGGUCUGGUUCCUGGAGCUCAUCAGGGCAAGGGUCUCGGCAACAAGUUCCUGGAUGAUCUCCGACAUGCAGAUGCGCUCAUCCAUGUGGUCGAUGUCAGCGGCACAACUGAUGCCGAGGGCAAAGCAACUCGAGGGUAUGACCCUUCCCAAGACAUUGAGUGGCUGCGCUCGGAGAUUGUGAACUGGGUGCUCGGCAACCUGAUGCAGAAAUGGGGAGGCAUCAAGCGGCGACAUACCGCCAUCAAGGCGACUGCGGUGGAGACAUUACAGGGCCAAUUCUCCGGUUACGGGUCGAACGCCUCGGUUGUCGCGCGGACACUUGACAAGAUGCAACUCAAAGCUCCACUACAGGAUUGGGAUGAUGAGACUGUCAAGAAAGUCGUCGAAGCCUUCGUGGACGAGAAGUUUCCCACAGUGUUAGCGCUCAAUAAGAUUGACCACGCCGACGCCGACAAGAACGUUUCGAAGAUUGCCAAGUUGGAGAAGCCCGAGCGGAUAGUCCUUUGCAGCGCUAUAUCAGAAGUUUUCCUACGAAGACUGGUAAAGCAGGAAUAUGUUCGCUAUAUCCCAGGAUCAGAAUUCGUCGACACGCGAGAAGACCUCGUAGAGCAAGGCGAGGACGAUGGGGGCGGACUACGAGAAAUGGACGAAAAGCUCAAGACACGGAUUGAAAAUCUGAAGGAUAUGGUUCUGUACAGAUUCGGAAGCACAGGUGUCAACCAAGUCUUGACAAGAGCCUCAGAACUUCUGGGCCUUGUCCCCGUCUUCCCGGUGCGAAACAUCGGCACCUUUGGCAGUGGAGAAGCUGGAACAAGUGGCGGUGACAGGGCUGCAGUUCUCCGCGACUGUGUCCUGAUCAAGAAAGGCAGCACGGUUGGCGAUGUCUACCGCAAGGUGAUGGGUGAUGCGCCACUAGCUUAUGCUGAGACCGUGGGUGGCGUCAGAGUAAGCGAAGACGACGUGGUCUCUCCGGGAAAGAACGAUGUAAGUUCACAAGUCCGGUCAUACUGAGACAGACGCUGACUGUACACAGAUAUUGUCGUUCAAGGUUGGCCGAGCGUAG